GACGUCAGGCGUCAUAUGUGUUGGUGUACGUGUAGCUUUAAUCUUUCCAACUAGCAAAAGCUAGCUUGUCAGAAGCGAUAGUAACAGUGACAGUCACAACACAGUUCUUUGGGUGUGUAUAUAUAGAGAACACCAAUGUAUAGUUAAUGGCCUCCACGAAGUGACGCGGACUAAUAUAUCUGGAAGUUAACCUGAUGCAACACAAUGGAUUCGACAGUGCAAACAUUUAGGUGUUGCUGCACAUGAUGGCUCUAUUUAACUCUGUCAACAUAGAGACAGAAACUCAUUAUGUGAAGUAACUUGCUUGAUAACUGUACCAAGCACAUAAAGAAGAGCUACUGAAGGGACAGACAUGUUUGCCAAGCUGAAAAAGAAGAUUGCAGAGGAGGCAGCCACAGCUCCUCGGACUGGCGUUCGUAUACCACGCACCAUCAGCAAGGAAUCCAUUACUUCAGUGGGAGCAGACUCUGGGGAUGACUUUGCAUCUGAUGGGAGCAGCUCCAGGGAUGACCUGCCUGCUCAACUUCUCAGAAGGAAUGAUCAGAUUCGCAAGCUGGAGGCCAAGCUGUCAGACUACGCUGAGCAACUACGAAUUAUGCAGAAGACCCAGGACAAGCUUGAAAUUGCAUUAGAAAAACAUCAGGAUUCAUCCAUAAAGAAACUGCAAGAACAGAAUGAAUCUCACCUUGCCAGCAGAGCAAAGAUGGCAGAGGGAAUGACUUUAGCACUGGAAAAGAAGGAUCAGGAGUGGCUGGAGAAGAUGGCUAGUUUGGAAAAGGAGAAGGCUGCUUUGUCAGCACAGGUAGAGGAGAUGAUGGAGCAAAGCUUAGCUCUCUUCCAGAAAAGGGAUGACCUGGAUGAACUGGAGGGCUUUCAGCAACAGGAACUUGCUAAAGUUAAACACAUGUUGCUGAGGAAGGAGGAGCAGCUGAGCCAAGGAGAGAGAGAGCUUCAGCGAAAAGAAGCCGAAGUGCAGUCAGCCAAGCGAGUGCUGACUGACGCCAGAGGCAAACUUCAGGCUGUGGAGCAGCAUUAUGAGGAGAGCUGCAGACUCAACUCUGAACUGGAAAUAGAGCGAGAGGAACUGCUGCUGCUCAGAGAGGAAGCAGACAAGAAGAUUGGUGAGUUGGAGGGACGGUGCCAGGACCUGCAGUCAGUCAUCCAGCAGGUCUCAGAAGACUUCCAGAAGUCACAGAGUAUGGUUUCAACUUUAGAGAAGUCCCUCCAUGAUUUACAGUCCGACCACGAUGCCCUUAAGUUGCAACAGCAAAAGGCUGCUGUGGCAGAGGAGGACAAGGAUCGCUUGUUGGCUGAUCUCCAAAAGAAAGUCACCUCUCUGGAGAGACGACUUCAGGGAAACCUGAGCCAGGAUGAGCAUCUGCAGGAGCUCCUCCAGGAGAAGUCCAGCGUGGAGGAAAACCUGGAGGAGACCCGAGCAGAGCUACUGGCUGCUCGGACUAACCAUGCUGACACGGUCUGCUCUUUGGAAGCUCAGGUAUCCAGAAUGAGUUGCAGUAUUACUGAGCUGCAGACGCUUCUGCGACACAAAGAUGAGUCGUCAAGGUGUUACAGAGAGAGGACAGACACACAGAUAACUAACCUGGAGCAGCAGGUUCUAGAGAGUAGUGAAAAACUGAAAAGUGCAGAGCAGCAAAUCACAGAGAAACAGCAGCAGAUGGAUAAACUGGAGGGAGACUGGAGCUCGGAGAAAGCCUUCCUGGAUCAGCAAGUGUGUCUGCUGGAGCUGCAGAGUAAGGAGAAGUGCAGUCGGUUGGAGGAGAGCAUCACUUCUCUACAGACAGACAAACAGACCCUGCUGGAUAAGAUGUCUGCCCUGGAGAAGCAGAGAAAUGAUGGGAACUCUACACUGAGGCAGCAGACAGAGGAGCUGGAGCAAUGCAGGGCUGAGCUAAGCAGUCGGCUGACAGUAAGCACAGAAAUUGCCAAAGCUCUGGAAGAAACCAGGCGUCAAAAGGAGGAUCUGCAAACCAAGGUUGGAGAGCUGACCACAUCUUUACAGAGCUCACAACAGGACCUGUCGUUGGUCACUGAAAAGCUGACACUGAGAGAGAAAGACGUCUCAAGACUUCAAACCGAGGUACAGAUUCGCCAGGCGUCAGUGGACCAGCUGCAGGAGGAGGUUGAUCAGCUGCGAGCCCAGCUUGAACAGAUGGAGCAGGAGAAGGAGUCCCAGCUGAUCUGCCUGAGAGAGGAGCUGUUGAGUCAGACUCAGCAGCUCGACAGCUGCCAGACACGGAUCUCAUACCUGGAGGUGGAGGUGGAAACCCUAACAGAGCAGCUUCAAACCCCUGAAGUGUGUGAGGAAGAUCAAAAUGGCAGCGUGAUGAUGGACGAUCUGGAUCACAUUCAGAAAGUCAACAGAGACCUGGAGCAGCAGCUUGGUGACAAGAACAGAACCAUCAAGCAGCUGCAACAAAGACUGGCAGAACUGAAGAGGACACUACAGAAAGAACUGAAGAUAAAGCCUGAGCAAGAAACCGACGGGAGGUUACAGGAUGGCAGAGCGGAUAAACAGCAGAGGAUUUCCCCAGACGCCCCACCGGCCUCAACCCCAAGCCCCCCAACCUCCAACACUACCGUGACCAACACCUCAGACCUCAAUGACUCACGGGAAAUCAACUUUGAGUAUCUCAAACAUGUGGUUCUCAAGUUCAUGUCAUCCAGAGAUGCAGAGGCCUAUCAGCUAAUACGAGCUGUGUCGGUACUACUGAACUUCACUCGCGAGGAAGAGGAUAUGCUGAAGCAAACAUUGGAGUACAAGAUGUCCUGGUUUGGGUCCAAGCCUUCCCCAAAAGGCAGUGUCCGGCCUUCUAUUUCAGGCAGCUCAACUCACUGGGGCUACUGAAAAGCAGAAGGAGCUAAAGCAACAAGAAGGAAAGGGAGUGUUCUCUCCUGUUCGAUUUCCACCCCUGCAGGACUCACUGGUUUUCACUGGCUCUGUGAGACUGAAUGUCUGGGGACAGAAGAGGACUCCACAGAUUGAAGGAAACAGAAUCAGUUGGUGACUUUAGCAUGGCAUUAUUUUCCUGUCAGUGGUUAAGGUGGACUGAUGACAGAUCUCACGUUUUCUAGUCUGUGAAAACAGCAAUAGUGUGUAUGGUUGUAGGAAAAGUCUUAUUGGCUUCAGCAUGUUGGUGUGAAAGGACCCAGAUACUCAAAGUCUAAACUGGUUUCGUUCCAUGUUUGACUGUAGACAUCAACAAUCAGCUGUGCUCCACUGGGCUGACAUGCAACAAUCAACAUGUACGCUGUAGUUUCUUGGUGCCUAUCAGCUGAUAUAUGCUGAUGUAAAGUGGCUUCAGGAAAUAAAUACGCUGAGCAUUUUGUUUGAUUGCACAUUGUCAUUGUAAAAUGGAUGAAAAUGCCCAUUUCCCCAUCAGGCUACAAACAAUAAUCAAUAGUGUCUAAAGGAACAUCUGCGUUCUUUUGUACUCGUUUCACUUUAGCCAACAGUCCUAGGAGUGUCUAAAUCCUCUUGGGAUCAAUUAGAGCUUCAGAAGUUGUUAGUUAAUUCGUUUCUCAACCCAAAUUUGUUGCACAGCUCUACAGAACAUGUCAUGCACUGUGAAUGGUAUGAUUUACACAGGAGGUCUAAACAAGUUUGACUCAAUGGACAGAGCAGUGGACUGGGAUGUAGGGAUUGAGGUUCAGAUCUGGUCCCCAGACGCCAGUCAUGCCUCUGAGCAAGGUAUUCUGCUCUGCUGAAAACGCAGAGACCAACGCCCCUAUUGUGGGAUGAAAGUACAUUACAACGAACCCAACUUCAUUUCUACGUCAGCUGCAGCUGAUGCAGUGUGUUUAAGACUGUUAAAAGUCCUUUAACUCUAGUAUGAAGGACGUGGACUCUAUUUGGAUAAUAACCACACACGGACGGACAGUGAAAGAAAGACGUGCUCCACCUUUACCUGCCUUUGCUACUGUAAAUUGAAUUACAUUCCACAUGACUAUUUAUAUAAAGAUUGAUAACCUGUACAUACUGUAUGCAUUGAAAACUUUAUAUCGAUCAAUGGAUGUAAAUGGUUUGACGUGACAAGUUUGCAAUAUUUAUCAUCCAACAUGAGAACCUAUACACUGCUUGUCACUCAGGCCUCAGCAUGAUGUCGGUUGCAGCAUCAUGAGAUUUUAUUUUUACAUCACUAGGUAGCGCGGGGAAUCUGACUGCAUGUUCUGCCCUGAAGCAGCAGGUUGUGUUCCACAUGUCCUUUUUUUUUGAAUAUGCAGACAACGUGAAGCAGAAAUGCAUCAGGGUGCUAACUGCAGGAACUUAUCAGUCACACCAAGCUGCAUUGUUUUAUAGGUCUAUAUAUUUUUCUGGUAUUGGAAGAUGGAUCUGUCUUUGUACAUAGGGAUGUAGGAGUACGGACUGCUGCGAUAGCAGAUUGAUGUGGUUACCCAUACUCUGCUGGGUUCUAUAUACUCUCUCCAUGAGAAUCAAAAGAAGGGGUGGAUUCACUUUUUAACGUAAUCAGUUGUGCAGUUGAAUCCUGAAACAUACCUGUACAAUCACUAAAGCUUUUAGUCUUCUGCAUUUUGAUCUUACAACUGCUGCCACUACAACAGGUUGUUUUUCAAAAAUGUAUUGAUAAUAAAUCUGAAAUGAUCCGG